AUGGUGCCUCUCAGUUCAAUAGUCAAAAUUUUUAAAAAAUAUUUUUAUGGUCCCACCCCCAAAAAACGUUCACUGUGCAAUAUUUUGUUACCGUUAUUACCUGAUGGCAGACCAGAAGUGUUACAACGUAUCUUUCAUCUUCAUCAGAAAGAUUUGCAUUCUAUUCCUUAUAGUGCCGCAGUUACUACCAAAAAAGUCGUCCAGUUUUGGGACAAGGCACGCAUUCCAGUUUGUAAAGACUGUCACAUCAUCUCUAAAAUAAAGGAUCUACAUUCACAAUGUUUCGAUACCACAGCCAGCAAUACAAGAGUAAAAGCUGGUGCAUGUGUUAUUCUGGAAAAGAAGUUUGAAAAUGAACUGGAUGUGGAUUACAUGGCAUCGGUUCUCAUAUCAGUCAAAAAUGACCUCAUUCACUUCAUUCAGCAUCAACUUACACAGUUUCAACCAGAGUUGAUCAUCGUGUACAUAAAGUCCUGGUUUACCUCUCCAUGUGCUUCAUCUGCUCCAAACAAUGACUUGCUUCUGUUUCGGGAGUUAGAAAGCUACAAGAAAACAAAUGAAGCUGUUGCUAAUGUUGCGUUGAAGUCAUUCUCUGGUCAUUUAUGGUACUUGAAUGAAGUAUUGAUCGGCUUAGCAUUCUUUGACUCAGAAGUUUCAUUUGAGACGAAGUCAGCCAUAGUUGCGGCACUGGACAAGGCAACAACUGAUCAACCUUUACGACGCAUUACAUUCCAGCCCACAAUAUCACAGAAACGGCUUUCGGACUUCGUAUCGCAACGUACCAGGCAAAGAUUCACUGCUUUGGAUAUACCACAAAAUUUUUUGAGCAGUAGUCCGGACAUGUGGAACACUGACAAUGACUACAUUAUUGGUCAACGGAAAGUAAAAAGUUUGAAAGUUGUCAAUGAUGCCGCCUAG